AUGGAUCAGAAUCGAGGGUUUCGGGAAGUAGCGCCCCCCGAUGAAGCUGAGCAGCAUGCGCAGCGAAGUCAGCUAACCAUGAACAAAACCGGCAAGCGAAGCUACCAAAGAGCUUGUAAAGUUGCCCUGGCGAAGGGAGCAGCACUUUACAAAGGCCGUCUUCUGACAGCUCAGGCUCUAGGAGCUCAUGAAGGACAAUUCGCGUCACCUGCGAAAGCGGAGAGGCGUUCUUUUCAACCGAACAGACAGAUCCAUCACAAAUUUGACAUGGAAGUCCUUACUUGGAACGCAGGCUCAAUUACAAGUCGAGUUUGGAACGAGAUUCUGGCCCUUUUGGCAACAACAGAGUACAAGAACAUCAAAAUCGUUUUCCUGCAGGAAUCGCAUUGGCAGCAGGACCAGGUCUACAGCUCAGGCCCGUGGUCAGUCCUAACCUGUGGCUCAACAAGCAGACACAAGGCUGGCCUGGUUGUCUUGGUGCAUAGCUCACUGGCUCCUCUUUCAGAAAUUCGCAGCACUUCCAUAGUUCCAGGGCAUUUGCAGCACGUCAUGAUCCCGUGGCAGAGAUCCAGAAUACAUCUCCUGAACCUGUACCAGCACGUCUGGGAUUCAAAGCUCUCGAAGACGGAAAACAGAGGCAGGAGAAAGGACGUGAUGACACAGCUCGAAAAUCGAAUACAGAGAGUCCCACAACGUGACUUCUUGAUUGUGGCUGGGGAUUUCAAUGCGCAUGCGGUGACUGAACGUCCUCAUAUCGGACCAAGUGUGCCUCAUCGAGUACGGUUUGCAAAUGCGGAUGUGAAGACACUGCCCUCGCUCUGCAAAUCCUGUGGACUAACUGCGCUGAACACAUGGGCUUCUGGCCAUCGCAGUACGUAUGCUAACAGUGAUGGCACAUAUUCCUCUCAGAUCGAUUUUUUGCUGGUCAGACUGCACGAUGCUCGGAGGAGAUCCAAGGAGGCCUACUCGGAUAAGAACUUUCCUGUGGCUGCCUACAGAGAUGGAUCAAAACACUUUCCAGUGCGAGCCACUCUGUUCAUUCCUCCUUACAGUCCUACACCCAGCAAGCCACGGCCGUUUGAUGCCACAGCCCUGGAUGCGAGCUUUCGGCGGAAAGAUGACAACUGGCAGGCAUACUCACAUCGUCUGACGGAAGCAGUGGUGAGGACAAUGCAAGUGAGACCGUCUUGGCAAGAACUGGAUGAAGUGAUGGUUAGUGUAUCAGCUGAGCACUAUCCUCCUCCACGCAAGUCUCAGCCAGUAGCAGGUCCUAUUCAUCAGGAAUACUGGAAGAAAGUGCGGCAAAUCCAGGCGCACAAGAGGGCUGGAACCGAGCAUAAUUCAGAAUGCCAGAAGCUUGUGGAGGACAUCAAGGAGGAGGUAUCCUCACAAAUCAAGACAGUGCCAGUGGGGAAAGCAGUCCCCAGCACCUCAGCCCCAGUAUCAGCCUGGAAGAGUCUAGGUCCUGAAGCCCACGAACACAUAGCAGGUCUAAUCAACUCUGAGGUGUCCCAAUCUGAAAUUUCCCCUUAUCUAAAGGACCCUCGAAUUGCAUGGAUCCCCAAGCCGGGCAAGCCAGCCACCGCCAUGAAAAACCUGAGGCCCAUAGGAGUCAUCAGCGUGCCAGGCAAAGUGCUAGCAGGCGCAGUGAAGACUCGCAUUGCACCAGCACUGCAGGAGAGCUCACAGCUUCAGCCUCAAUUUGCCUACAUCAGGCAGAGGGGGGUGCGGGACGCCAUCGCGAAAGCAUGUCAGCACCUUGAUUUCGUGCAGCAGCUCCGUCAAGUGCAUCGCAGGGACCUGCACAAGUCCCAACGCGGGGCCAGGCAGGCUCAGCUGUCAGGGGCACUUACUAUUUCGGUUGAUCUGAGCAAAGCUUUUGAUUCUGUUAAUAGACAUGAGCUGCUAGCUGCCUUGGAUCGCCUGGGAACAGACCCUGUUACGAAAGAACUGGUAGUUCAACUACACAGUGAGACCUCCUACAACAUGGGCACAAGUGGACUAGAGAUUCAAGUUCCCACUUCUUCAGGAAUCAAACAAGGUUGCAAGCUAGCCCCGGCAUUGUGGUCUGCGCUGACACUUCUAGUCAUGAGCAGAAUGGAGCAGAAAUGGGGCCCAGAUAGCAAGCAAGCUAGGGACAUCCUAACAGUCUUUGCAGACGAUUUCCUGCUCCAGGAAACCUUCUCGAGCUUUCCUGAACUUCAGAAAGUCCUGCUCAGAAUAGAGGCUCUCUUUCAGUCUCUUGAGGACGUGGGGCUGGAAGUCAAUCCAACGAAGUCCAAAGCCUUGCUAAUGGUUCAGGGCACUCAGCAGUCCAUCUUUCGCAAGAAGCACACUAUGCGCAAAGAGAAGCAGUUGCACAUCGUCCUUCCCUCAGGACAUAAGAUUCCGAUUCAUCACAAACUAACAUAUCUAGGGGUGCAGCUCAGCUAUGGAUCCUACAAAGACCAGACUGUUGACUAUAGGAUCGCCCAAGCUCAAGGCAAGUUUGAGCUACUUCGACACAUCCUGUGCUCCACUAAGGCCUUGGAGGCUUCAAAGAAGUUGGAGAUCUGGAGGGUCUAUGUGGAAUCCUCACUCUUGCAUGGGCUUGUGGCCACUGGCAUCACCUCAUCAGGUCUUCAGAAGCUUCAGAGUAAAUACUCGAGGAUGCUAAGAUCCAUCUUUAAGCAACAUCAGCACUACAGCCAUAUUGACACGAAGACUCUGUUCGAGCAAUAUAAGGUUCAGACUCCUCAAGCAGUUUUGAUCAGCCAGAUGAAAAACUAUCAAGACGCACUAGAUGCCUGUCAGAAGUACAACCCGGAUCAGAACAUACAGUGGUAUCUGGGACUUAGAGGUAGGAUUGUUGCGCUGCAACAGGAGCUUCAGAGCAUGCAUUUGGACCUGACCGAGGCAGACCAGGAGGUACCGUGCUCUCUGUGCGAUCGGAAAUUUUCCAGCGCUAAGGGUCUUCAGCAACAUACUCUGGUGAAGCAUGGAGGACAGCCUGCAAAGGACUUCCGCAAUGUGCGGCAUGCAACAGGCAGUUGCGCACAAUGCAUCAACUUCGCAGACAUGUGGAGUCAGGCAUUUGCCCUCAGCUGCACGAGCUGA